CUCUCAACUCUCAAACAAAUUUUGAGGAAAGAACAGAACAAUAAACAAAACCCAAAUUUGUUGGGGAGCAGAGUUAUCAGACUAUCAUGGCGACGACGUCGUUCGCUGUACAUUUAAAGCAGCCAAUUCCUUCUCAAGGAAAGAGAUGCAAAUAUGUCGGCCAGUCUGUGAGAGCAUUACCAAUCCGGAUAUUGACGGUGGGAAAGAAGAGGUCACCUGGUGUUCAACUGAUAGUAGAUGAUUAUCUUGAAAAGCUAAGGCAUUACUGUUGUGUUGAUGAUGUGCGGAUCAAAUCCAAUCCCAAAAAUGCUCGUGAUGUGAUCGCUCAGAUUGAACACGAGGACAUAGCUGUGAUGAGUGUAAUCAGGUCCGAGGAUUGGGUUGUAAUGCUAGAUGAGCGAGGACUUGAUGUGUGCUCUGAGCAGAUGGCUUCUUUAAUUGGAGAUGCUGGGAAUAUGGGAGCAUCGAAUUUGGUAUUCUGCAUAGGUGGACCUUAUGGACAUGGACGGCAAUUACAAGAGCGGGCUAAUCUAUCAAUCAAGUUAUCGUCUUUGGUCUUCAAUCAUGAGAUCGCAUUAGUUGUACUGGUAGAACAACUUUACAGGGCAUGGACGAUUCUCAAAGGACAAAAUUACCAUCAUUAGAUACGCAGUUCUUGAAUGUGAGCAUGCUACCUAUGCUGAUGGCAUUUAGUUUCACAAUGGAUUUUGACAUUACAUUCAUCACUGAGAAGAUGAAACAGUAGAGAGCUGAGGAAGAAAAAAGAUUGGCUUCUUGCAUAGAGCCUAACAGAUAGGCAAAAUUAGGUUACUAGCAAAGGUGGCUCUGCUUCAUAUUGUAAUAUGCACCAUCAAAACAAACACUGAUGCUUUUUCUGCAGAUUCUUGUUUGUAGUAUAAUUCUUGCAAAGAUUAAAAUAGAUUGUGUUUGUUCAAUCAUAUUCUGCAGCUCAAGUAGCAAAUUUUAAAGAACCCCAUUGUUUGCA